AUGUCUCUCCCACCCUUACCUCGUCUAGAGCUGGCUAAGUUCCGCUGGUAUCCUUCUCCAGACGGACCCAGCUCUGUGAGGCGUCUCGCUGUCGGCACCGAGGCUUGGGUCGGCUUAAGAGAGCCGAACUCUCGUGGUCAGUACGACAACUACCUGAACACGUCUCUCCGAGUUCAUGUUCCUGGAAUCUCGUUAGAGACUAUCGCGCUGCAAAUCUCCAACGCCCUUGUCAACAUUCGAUUCCAACACCCUGAGGUCGGAUGUUCCGUCACCUGGGCUACCGACCAAGAUCCUCCCUUCAUUGUCUAUAAUUCACCGAGCUCCGACGAAGUUGCCUUGAACUGGGGCCGCGGUCUUGUUUCAUCAAUUGCAACGGAUAAAACUGGGCUUGAAGUUGCCGCUGAACUUUCGGAGGCGCGCCAAGAGAAACCUGAGCCGUUACCCCCGGUCAAGGUCUAUGUCGUAGCUCAAGUGCCAGAGACAGGCACUCCACUUGAAAAUGGCGCUCGAGUGGACGUGCUCUGUGCAUUCAACCAUAUUCACUGGGACAGUAUCAGCUCGCGCAUAUUCGUCGGUGACUUGUUGCGCGGUGUUGGCCAACAGUUCAACGCUGGCGACCAGAAUCUAGCAAACAGUCCUUUCCAUCAUCCUUGGGGCAAGGAAAUUGCCAACCUCAACGAGCCGGUCCUCGAUGCAUGCAAAACCAACGUGGAUGCAUUGGGAGAAGAUUAUGACAAGGCGCGACAUGACUUCAUCACCGAGUUGCUCAGAAGUGCGGCCAUCUCGAAGGCCAUAAAGACUCAGCUCGGACCCCAGUUCACCUUCACUCACCUCGGCCAUGCCGCCAUGGUGCUUGCAUUACUGCGAGUCAGCCCCUUACCAGGAGAUAUCUCGGACGCCCUGUUUCUUUCCUCGCCCUUGCCAGUCAACGGGAGGCGAUACUUAAGUGGCAGCAAUGCAAGUAUUCGUUAUGGGUCGUGUCAGGCGGGCGCGUCGGUGGAAUUUGCACCACUUCGAUCGUACGCUGUCGAUGAGAGAAAUCCUGAAGCAGUCAGAAUGACACUCGCAAGCCUGGCUCAUCAUGUCAGAAACAGCUAUCAGCAUUGGCUGAAGAACGAGUUCCAAUUGGUCAUAGACCAAGUUAAGAGCAACUUUCUAGCCGGGUUUCUGGCAUCAGCGCCUUCGUCCUUCCCACCGACAAGCUUUCCGGCCUUCGUCAGCGAUGGCAUAGUCGACAACUACAUUCCAGGAGACGUUUUCGGCUCCAGCAAUGAAAAGAUCUACACCGUGGAGAGUUGCAAUUUCCACCUGACGACUUAUUCCUCUGAUGUGCUUGUUCGAAUGGACAGUUUCAAAGGCCAGACUAGUCUUUCUGUCUGUUUCAACAAUGGACGUCUUGACGAGAACCUCGCCAAGGCUUUCCUGGAUGCUAUAGUUGAUUUCAUGAUGGCAUUUGCAACUUGA